AAGUGAAAAAGAGUAAACGUGCCACUGUUUGACACCAACUCUUUUGAUCCCUCCAAAGCUAGAGGAAAAGAGUGAGCAAUUCACUAAAAACCACUGGCUUUGGUCUAUGGUUGACACAACUCCUCGGCUAAUUGGUAAAAGUAUCUUGUGACCACCAACCAGCAAGCACUAAAUUGGAUGUUGUAUCAGCUUCUCCACAUCAUAAAACAGUGAAUACUGAACGCUGAGAGGCUAACUGACUGCCCAAAAAAACCUUGACAAAAAGUUAGUGGGGUAACUACCUAGGAGUAAAUUCAAUAGUAGACCUUGAAAAGAACUUUAGCAAAGUCAUCAUAAAUGCUCUUCACGUCUCAUGUACUAUGUUAAGGAAUGGUCACAUUUCUCUUUACAUUAAAGCAAGUUCAUGUUAAAAGUUGAGGCCAGUAGUAGUUUCAACUUUCAAUAUAAUUCCACCUUUCCUGGCCCACUUCUGUACGGAACACCAAUCAGAAUCUUUAGUUCAUCUUAACACCAAAGCAUCUCCACUUAGUCACUUACUAGACUUCACCUAGGAGGAAAAGUAUGGAACUGGUGGUCCUCACACGUACUUACCUUUCUUUUUUUUACCGUAGUUCAAGUUUCAUACUCUUUUAUCUGGCUUCCUCACUCUAUUUUGGCCCAAUAGUUUCUCCUCACAGGGAUGGAAACUAACAAAUGGGAAGGGAAGAGAAGCAUUACUGAAGCUGAAAAGGAAGAGGAUGAACAUGGAAGUGUUGAAGAGGAUAGCAAAAGAAAAAGGGUAUUGACUCUCUCUGGUAGGAAGCUAGUUGGUGAAGGGUCGGCACAUCCUUCUUGCCAGGUCGAUCAGUGCACUGCAGAUAUGGCAGAUGCCAAGCCAUACCAUCGCCGCCACAAGGUGUGUGAGUUCCAUUCAAAGUCUCCAAUAGUACUUAUUAGUGGACUCCAGAAGCGAUUCUGUCAGCAAUGUAGCAGGGAGAGACAAAUACUGGUAAGGGAAAGAAUUAACUUUUGCACAUGCAAACAGAGAUAAUCCUUCAGACAAUUUUUUGUUCCAAAUUCAUCCAUCUGACAGUCUAAAUAAGAUUCUACUUCCUAUGAAAAUAUGUAGUGUAUCUAAUCAGCCAAGAAACUGUAGCUGCUGCCACAUCCACAGCCAUCUCAUGUAUUUUCUAAUCAGCUGCUUUCAGAUUCCCAAGUAUAGGAGUAUAUCAUUUUCUAAUGAGCAGGGGCAAAACAGAGCUUUUAAUGUGAAAUUUCAAUUGUUCGCAUGAUGAGGUGCAGAUUUCAUCUGUUAGCAGAGUUUGAUGAUGCUAAGAGGAGUUGCCGAAGGCGUUUGGCAGGUCACAAUGAGCGCCGCCGUAAAAUUACAUAUGACUCUCAUGGAGAAAAUUUGGGCUGAAGAAGCAUCAGCAUCAAUGGCAGCCAAAUAACCUACUUUCUGAAGCAACAUAAACAAGAUGUGGGUUAAGCAUGCUCUCUAUCUUCUGUCAAUUCCCGGAUUUCUAAGCAAGUUGUUAUUUGUGACCUUCAAGUAUCUAGCUAAUAGUACUUUCAUUUCCCUUGUGUAAAGGGACGGACAAAAAGAAUAAGCCGUUGGCACUGUCUGCUAGUAUUCGAAAAAUGAAAUAAUUGUAGUAUGAAUGUAUAUCCAUGUUGACAUUCCAACUCACUUUAUGAGGUUUUUAUUAUUAUUUU